UUUAUUUACACAGGAUAAAUCACCAUGAAGAUCAUUGCCUUUAUUUUUAUAGCUGUCAUACAGUUUCCAGACCCACAGAUCUCAAUGACAAGAUUUGAUUCAGACAGAAAGGGCAGAGAAAUACUCGCUGGAGGAGAUGGUGAAGCAUUGGAUCUCUGGGAAAAGUCUAUAAAUUUAGAAAGUUUUCCUUACAGUUUGAAGUCAAUUUCACAUGAUACAUAUGGUAGAUCAAACAAUGAAAACAUACAAAGAUCUGAUUUUGACGAAAUUCAUCUUGGUCGUAUUUAUGAAUUCCUUAUCUCACGAUACCAGGAUGUGCUGAGUAUACUGCAUUUUGGUGUAACGGUCCUGUGCCUACUAACAUGUAGGCAGCUUAAACAGCAGAUCUCAGUGGCAUUCACUCACAAAACGCCUCCUAAACGGCCAUUAAGCAAAUAUUGCCGAGUCCAUUCAAAGCAUGGAAAAAGGACAAGGAACCAGAAAACCAAAAACAAAAGGUUUCAUCAUCUGAAGGAUUCUAAAAUGAGCUUGCCCACACCUUAUGCAAAUGAUUUAUUAAAACAAAUUCUUGAACCAGAGCAAUCGGUUCAUAUUGUAAAAGAAUUGAAUUCAGGAGUCAAAUAUCAUAUGCAAAAUCAAACUGAUUGUGAACUGUUUUCAAAUGGGGAAGUAAUUGAACCCACCAAUAUAGAAAAUGUUUAUCCGCUUCAACCAAUUGAAAAGAGCAUGACAGUACAUGAAAGCUUUGACGUCGUCCAGCCUGAUAAUCUCGACCCUAAUGUUAGUAAUCUUGCUCAGUUUGACAGUUUAGAGGAAUUUUUGGAUAGCUACCGUAUCAACACAAGCUUUGCAGCUGAACCUGAGAAAAAUACUAAAAUCUGGUCAAUAACGACACCAAUAAAUGAAAAAUGGAAUUUUCUCAUUGAUGAAAAUCAUUAUGAGGACACCUAUGUGAAAACAAUUUUUGAAAGUACGUCACUUGAAUCUCAAGAACAUGCUAGUAAUUACGUUAACUCUACUUUUCAUAACCACAUAGAAACUCAGUCGUGCCCGCUACCUGCCAGAAAACAAUCCUCGUUUGCAACCCGCAGAAGUAUUCAAAGCACGUUUGCUCCACAGAAUUUUGUCCCCGAGUCAAAUGAAUGCGCUGUAAGUAACGGAACAUUAAGCGUUAACACACAAGAGAACGAAAGGGAUCAUCAAUUCUUAGGAAUUAUGUCCAAAAGCUUAACUAAUUUGCAAGACAUUCUAGAAAAAAGUAUAAGUUGUUCUACCAAAACAAUAAAUGAUAGUGAAAAUAGUGUACUUAGUUCAGAGGAAUUGGAUAUUGUGCAAUUAUCAGGUACCGCUUCUCAAAAAUCAAAUGGAUUUUUAAAAAAAGAUAUCAUUGAAAUCAAAGGGUCUAGAACAAAAAGUAUUGAACUUAUUGUGAAGAAUUUCUUUAGGUCUAGUUAUUUUAAAAACAAGAAAUGGUUCCACAGAAAACGACGUAGACUGAGAAGAAUAGUUAGAUAUUUACUCCGUUUCCGUUCUUCUCCUUCACGUAGGAUAAGACUAAGUAUUCCUCAGCCAGAAAUUGAGCCUCCUGAGCAACCAGAAGUUGUACAUGAACCCCAAAGUAAUCACAUUCCUGAAACUCGAAGAAAUGAAACAGAAGAACAUUCGAUAUCAACAGAUGAAUCCUCCAGUCACAAUUUAGAAUCAAAUAACAACACUCAUUUUCCUUCGAACUCAUUUUUUAGCGAGUUAACACGGCUUAGCACAUUCAGGACGUUUCCGAAUGCUACCAUUUCAGCAAUACGUCUUGCUCAACAUGGAUGGUUAUAUACAGGGGAAAAUGAUAUGACGGAAUGCUUCAGUUGUCACUCACUUCAUUAUAACUGGCAAGAAAAAGAAAAUCCUCGUCUUUUCCACAAUAGAAACUGCAGGUUCAUCCAGGGAACAUCAAAGAAUGUACCAAUUAAAAGAAUGCACGGAGUAGUAGCCCAAGAGGGCUCGUCUUAAGUAUACAAUGGAGAUGCGUCGCUUUUUGGCAGAAAAACAAUUAUGCAAACACUUCAGCUGACUAUGUUUCAUGACUAUUAUACUCAAGCUUUUUAACCUAGAGAGGAGGUUGUGGAUAAAUUCAGCAGUCAUUUUACGCAAUGAACAUGUAG